CACCUCAAAGGGUUAACUAUUAUUGUGUCAGGUGAAGGAGCGCCGCCUGCUUCUGUUCACAUUACAGACACAUUUAGAUCCAGUUUGUGAGCAGAGGACACCUCCAAGUCCGGAACGAGUCUCAGGAAUCAUCACAGUUAUCUGCUUCUGAGGUUUUCAAUCGAUGCUCUGAGGUUUUUUAUUUUACUGUGGGCUUUCACUGCCCAAGAGACUCGAAAAGAUUAUUUAAUCACCUGCUUUCCGGUAUUCAUCAUGUUCCUGUAGACACUUGAAUCUGGGGUCUCCCAUCAUGCGGAAGCGUCUUGACAGAAUCCGGUUCCGGGGCCAGAGACGGGACGAGUUCCUUGACACUACCGAGUCGCCUAACACAUCUGAUACAGAGUGCAAUGACGACCUAAUAAAACCCCGCAUCUCUCUGCGAGAAGCUGAAGAACUACGGGAACCUGAGGGAGAGCAACAGAUAGACAUCCAGGCUGGUUCUGGUUCGUUUCCUGCUGGUCUCCAAGAUGAACCAAAGACUGAUUUAAAUGAGGUCAAAGGUCUCCUAGAAAUCGCCUUGUUAGAAAAACACUUCUUACAGGAAGAGUUGCGGAAGCUGAGGGAUGAGUCCCACAUAGAUUCACUUAAACAGGAACUGGAGAAGGAGCGAUGCAGGCGAAUUGAGUUGGAACAGAAGGUCAAUGAUGCCAUAAAAUCAGGACUUGAGGAUUCACCUUCUCAAACCUCCAAACCUCCAUCUCCUCAACCUUCUGUAAGCAGCAGCACAGACAAACAGAAAGAAACCCUAUCCAACACUUUCCUGAGAUGGUUUUACGAUCGAUUUGGAUGUUAUAUCGAAGACUUCCGCUUCCAACCAGAAGAGAUAACUGUUGAGCCAGAUGAGCCACUUAGUGGCAGGAGGCUGACUGAAAACAUGAGACGUCUUAAACGAGGUUUCAGACCUGUGACUAACUUCAUGAGGAAUCUGUCUGCUUUAUCCAGCUGGUAUUCUGUGUAUACCUCUGCCAUUGCCUUCAUUGUGUACAUGUAUGCAGCAUGGCAUGGCUGGGCCAUCCCCAUGUUUCUGUUCCUCGCAAUAGUCCGUCUUUCAUUGAAUUAUCUGAUUUCCAGAGGCUGGAGGAUCCAGUGGAGCAUUGUACCUGAAGUGUUUGAGCCAUUGGAACCUUCAAAAGAAGACUUGACUGUAUCUGAAAAGUUCCAGCUUGUUCUGGAUGUUGCCCAAAAAGCUCAGAAUAUUUUUGGAAAGAUGGCCAACAUCCUUGAGAAGAUAAAGAAUCUGUUCAUGUGGGUCCAGCCAGAGUUGACUCAGAAGCUCUACGUGGGAUUGUGGGUGGCCUUCAUCUCCUCAUGCCUGUUGCCUUACCAGCUGCUGGGUUUCCUCAUAGGAAUUUAUGCAGGAAUCAAGUUUUUCAUCAUUGACUUCAUUUUUAAAAGUUGCCCCAAGCUGCGCCAGCGCUUUGACACACCCUUCAUCAUCUGGACCAACCUUCCCACCGACCUGCAGCUGAAGGAGCGCAGCAACACCACAAUGAGCAGGCGGCUGUCUGAAUGUGAACAGGUUACCUCAGCGGGGGGUCGCAGUAGCGUCUCUACUUCUGCUCCUCUAGGCAGCAGCCGAGAAGAUGAUGGGGGGCGAUACUACAGCACAAAAAGAGGAGCUUUUCAUGAGGUCUUCAGCCUUCCAGAGAGUGAGCGCCCUCUUCCAGUGUGUGAGAACGGCUGGCGCUGCUGCCUGAUCAAUAGAGACAGGAAGACACCAACAGAUUACAUCCGUAAUGGGGUCCUUUAUGUCACAGAGAACUACCUCUGUUUUGAGAGCUCCAGCUCCAGGUCUGGGUCCACAAAAAGGAACAAAGUCAUCAAACUGACUGAAAUCACUGAAAUUCUGAAGUACAAGGUUUUGUCAGUGUUGCCCGGUUCAGGGAUGGGUAUCUCCAUAGCAACACCUUCAACCCAAAAGCCAAUGAUCUUUGGUGCAAUGAUCCACAGAGACGAGGCGUUUGAUGCCAUCUCAACCCAGCACACAAUGAUGGUUGAAAGGGCUGGAACCAGAAACCCGGAGACUUAGGUGCUUAGGUGCUAUUUGAGACCGCCCCUGACAUACUGCUGGAUCAUGACGUGCAGUUGUGGGUCCGCUAUGUGCUACGGUCAAACUAGUUUUUCAAUUGUGGACACUCAGCCUACUACUGGAAGAUGGCCCAAAGCAGACAAACAUUUUCUGUGCCAUCCUUCUCAUCAUAGCUCUGCAUUUGUUUUGCUACAGUGCUAAUCCUUAGCCAAAUAUUUGUGUGAUUGUAUUGCAGGGAAGUUUUUUUUACAUUUGGCUUUUUAAUAUCCUUCACAAGUUGACAUCUAUAAUGCAAGUUCUGGAACGUUUAUUUCUAUUCUUCAGCAGUUGCUCUUUUAAACACAUCCUGCCCUUUUGUUUAAAUUGCUGGUCUGUUUUCUUUAAAAAUGUAAAUCAUUUACACAGGGGGGAAGCAAAUUUGGUCCACAAGUGCCACUGUGCUGCAGCUUUUGUGUGCAUCCCUGCUCCAACAAACCUGAAACAAAAGGCCAAAUGACCUCGUUGGCUGUUGGUGGCAGAUGCCUGGCCAUUAGUCAUUUGUUUGUUUCAGGUGUGUUGGAGAAGGGACACUUGCAAAAGCUGCAGGACAGUUGAAGUCGAUGACCAAUGUUACUUGGGCCUAGUCAGCCAGUUUGAAACAUUUAAAGAUUCCUUUUUGGUUUAGCCAAUUUACUCAGGCAUUGCAACCUGGGAGCUGAUGUCUAGAGCAGGGUGUCGCCUUCCCAGUCUCCAGGUCCACCUGGAGCAGACUGUAUAGGACACUCACCCCAAAAUCCUGCAUCCUCUGUUACCGUCCUGCUCCAUGCCUUUGAUAACAAGUUGCUCUUGAAGUUGGAAGAUAUGGUCUGCAUUUGACGAAAUUUUAAAACCUUUCACCAAAAAAAUCAAUAUUUUGAUUAGGAUGACGAAUCUGCUUACUUGUAUGUUGAAGUAUCAAUAGUUUGCAUCCAAUAAAGCAGUCCUCUUUUUUGGGGGGGUAUAUAAACAUUAUUCUCUAAUUUGUAUUUACCAAUCUGUCAUUACCCUAUUUUACUUCGUGUUAACUCUGCAGCAGUCCCUCACACAGACCAUGCAUGCAGCAAGUGGAGAUAUAUAUUACCUUUUCUGUCCUUGUUCAUUUAUGGACACCGCCACGGAUGAUCUUUCCCCCUAGUUUUUAACUUCUACUCUAAUGGAGAUAUUAGGGUGGCUUUAGGGUGGUUUAUCAAGUCAUCAAGGUCAUAGUCAUUAAAAAAAAAAGAAAAAAAAGCAAAACACUGGACUUUGUUUGCAAAAUUUGAAGAAGUUUUGCUUCUCAUCCAGGAAGCUUUUUCAAUUCAAAAUGUCUGAAAUAGCGUUGAGUUUCAUGCUUAAUUGAGUAGCCCAACAAAGCCUUGUUUUGGCUUAGAAAACAUGCAAAUUGAACCGAAAAAAAACCCACAAAAACAGGUCUACCAUGGUAUAGGAGAGUCAUUAAGGUUGUUGUUGGCCUACAAUACCUGAUACUGGUCUAUGCCUCUGAAAAGUGGGAAUCGUUAGGGGCAUCGUUAGCAUCCAGAGGACCAAGACAUGUCACCUGGUCAGCAUGGCCAGCAAUGCCCCUAAAGACUCCCUUUUUCAGAGCAAUAGACCAGUAUCGGGUAUUGGAGGCUAACAAAGCCCUCAACGACUCCCCAUUACAAAGGGGCCGACUUGUUCUUCCGGUUCAAUUUGCAAAAGCAAAUUAAAGCAAUGAAAGAAUGGAACUCACUGCUAUUUCAGACAAUGUCUCCAAACUUGGAAAACAAAGUCCUUUGUUUUUUUUUUUUUUUUUUUUUUUACUUUUUUGGAAUUCAUGUUCAAUGGUAUUAGCUUCUGUUGU